GAUUCACUUGUAAAAUUUUUCUCUAUUACGAUAUCCGUCGGAUGACUUCUUUAUCGACUCACCUAGUGGAAUGUGUCAAAAGUUUGUUCUGACAGUUCGUUGUUGUUAGUUGCGUUUAAUUUAUAAUUUCAACAAAAAAAUUUCGGAAAAAUGGAUACAAUAGCCUUUUAUUUGAAUUUUAAUGACGAAACGGGAAGUAUCGCAGCAAACGUUAGACGAUCUGUGAGGGAUAGAGCAGCUAACAUUUUCGAGCUGCCUGAUGUGGAGUUCGUUAAGCAAUUUCGCCUGAACAAAGUGGCAUAUAAACACGUUUUAAGGAUAAUCUGUAAUAAAAUGCCGCCAGUGAUUAAAUCCACAGCAAUAAGUCAUCAACAAAAACUAUCUGUUUGCCUAAGAUUGUUAGCUGAAGGAAGCUACCAAAAUGGAGUUGGCAAGGACUACAUGGUUGGAAUAGCCCAACCAACAGUCUAAAAAAUAUUUUCUCAAGUUCUAGAUAUUAUUGAAACCGAAUUGUGUCCAAACUGGAUUACACUAAAAAUGAAUGAAGAUGAACAAAUGGAGUCCAGGAGUUACUUUUUCAACAAAUCAAAAAUUCCUGGCAUUGUCAUGUGUGUUGAUGGGACGCACAUGAGGAUAGCAAAGCCUUCGGGAGCGAAUUCCCAUAUUUUUUACAAUAGGAAAGGUUUCUAUAGUCCAAUGUGCUGGUUGUAAGUAGAAAAACUCUGUUUAUACGAAUUUUGUUUAGUUUUUAUUUUACAUGUUUUAAGAUCUGUGAUCACAAACAGCGCAUAAGGUACAUUAACGCGAAGUACCCUGGUUCAACACACGACUCCUCUGUUUGGCUUAAUAGCGAUAUAUCACAGUACUUUCAAGCGCAAUACGAAAAUGGAAACAGAAAUUUACGGUUAUUAGGUAAACAUUUUCCUAUUAUUUACGAGCUCGUUUUAAUUGAACAUUUUAUUCGUAGGGGACGCA